AUGGCAGCAAAAGUAGUACCCGGCUCCAACUACGGCGGUAAAUUUGCCAACUUCAACAUCCUCCAAGCCAACUACAAAGUCGUAGAUGGACACGAGAUUCGCGCGGACUUGAUCAUUCCGAAGUCUCUCCCAGCAGGCAAAGCGCCGGUCAUUGCUCGAUUCCAUGGUGGCGGUCUAGUACGAGGAGAAUCCCUCUACGAAGACUGGUUCCCCGCCUGGCUCCUUGAACUCGCAGAAACCCACAAUGCAGUCAUUGUCUCCGUCAACUAUCGCUUUCUGCCCGAAGUCACCGGUCUUGAUAUCCUAGAUGAUGUCGACGAUUUCUGGACAUGGCUGCACUCAAAAGACCUUGCAACUAUUCUACAUACACAGAAAGAUGUCGCAGUAGAACUUGACCUAGACCGAAUCAUCACGGCUGGUGACUCGGCUGGCGGAUUGCUUAGUAUCUACCUCGUCUUGUCUCACCCCGACGAGAUUCGCGCUGGAACAGCCGCCUAUCCAGCUCUCGGAUGGGACAACCCACCGCUCUUGCCUACAAAGCGAAGCGUAUUCAUCCCCGAGGUACCAGCCUCAUUCAUCGACGAAUACGUCGCAGACAUCAAACCAGGCCAAGUAUCCUCUUCCGACCUGGACCUACAACGAUUACAGAUCGGAGCGGCCAUCAGCGCAAACCAAGCGGGAUUCAAAUUCUAUAUCCGGGACUCCGAGUCCUCGCCCACGCGCGAUCGAUUGUAUCAGCUCUCAAGACUCGAGAAGGCCGAUGCGAGAUUGCCUCGAGGUGGAUUGGUGAUUCUUCAUGGUGUUGAUGAUGAUAUUGUGCUAGUCAAGGCCAGUGAGCGGUUUGUGGAAAAGGCGCAGGAUGCGUUGAAGGGUCGACAGGGUGGGGACAAGAUCAUUUUGGCGCUGAGGCCUGGACCACAUGGGUUUGAUACGGAUGCUUCUAUUAAGGCUGAUUGGCUGGAUGCAGCGUUGAAGACUGCUGUCAAGACGUGGCUGGAGUGA